GGGCUCUGUGGGGGGGCCGGUCCCUCCUCAGGUGAAGCCCCUGAUGGAGAUGGAGCCGCCACCCCUGAGCGCCCGGAUCCCGGCUUCGGCCUGGCUGCCGCCGCCUCAGUGACCCCAUCGCCCCCGCGCUGGGCCACCUGGGCCAGAGUGGGGGACUCGCCACCCCUCUUCCCACCCGACACCGCCCUUCUCCCCCAACCCCCAACAGCCUGCGCGCGCGCGCGGAGACGCCUCAGGAUCUUUUUAGGAUGAACAUAGAAGACUGCAAUGGCCGCUCCUAUAUGUCUGGUAGCGGGGACUCAUCUCUGGAGAAGGAGUUCCUCGGGGCCCCAGUGGGGCCCUCGGUGAGCACCCCAAACAGCCAGCACUCUUCGCCCAGCCGCUCACUCAGUGCCAACUCCAUCAAGGUGGAGAUGUACAGCGAUGAGGAGUCGAGCCGACUGCUGGGGCCAGACGAGCGGCUCCUGGAUAAGGAUGACAGCGUGAUUGUGGAGGACUCGUUGUCAGAGCCCCUGGGCUACUGCGAUGGAAGUGGACCAGAGCCUCACUCCCCUGGUGGCAUCCGGCUGCCCAAUGGCAAGCUCAAGUGUGACGUCUGUGGCAUGGUCUGUAUCGGCCCCAACGUGCUCAUGGUUCACAAGCGCAGCCAUACGGGGGAAAGGCCUUUCCACUGUAACCAGUGCGGGGCCUCCUUCACACAGAAGGGGAAUCUGCUGCGCCACAUCAAGCUGCACUCCGGCGAGAAGCCCUUCAAAUGUCCCUUCUGCAACUACGCCUGCCGCCGGCGUGAUGCGCUCACCGGCCACCUCCGCACACACUCAGUCUCUUCUCCCACAGUGGGCAAACCCUACAAGUGCAACUACUGCGGCCGGAGCUACAAACAGCAGAGCACCUUGGAGGAGCACAAGGAGCGGUGUCACAAUUACCUGCAGAGUCUCAGCACUGAAGCCCAGGCUUUGGCCGGCCAGCCAGGUGAUGAAAUGCGUGACCUGGAGAUGGUGCCUGACUCGAUGCUGCACUCAUCGUCUGAGCGGCCAACUUUCAUCGAUCGCUUGGCCAACAGCCUCACCAAACGCAAACGCUCCACGCCACAGAAGUUUGUAGGCGAAAAGCAGAUGCGCUUCAGCCUCUCGGACCUCCCCUAUGAUGUGAACCCCAGCGGUGGCUAUGAAAAGGAUGUAGAGUUGGUGGCGCACCAUGGCCUAGAGCCUGGUUUUGGAGGUUCUCUAGCCUUCGUGGGUACAGAGCAUCUGCGUCCCCUCCGCCUCCCACCCACCAACUGCAUCUCGGAACUCACGCCGGUCAUCAGCUCUGUGUACACCCAGAUGCAGCCCCUCCCCAGCCGACUGGAGCUUCCAGGGUCCCGAGAAGCAGGUGAGGGACCCGAGGACCUGGGAGACGGAGGUCCCCUUCUCUAUCGGGCCCGAGGCUCUCUGACUGACCCUGGGGCAUCCCCCAGCAAUGGCUGCCAGGACUCAUCAGAUACAGAGAGCAACCACGAAGAUCGGAUUGGCGGGGUGGUGUCCCUCCCUCAGGGUCCCCCACCUCAACCUCCUCCCACCAUAGUGGUGGGCCGGCACAGUCCCGCCUAUGCCAAAGAGGACCCCAAACCACAGGAGGGGUUAUUGCGGGGCACCCCAGGCCCCUCCAAGGAAGUGCUUCGGGUGGUGGGUGAGAGCGGCGAGCCUGUGAAGGCGUUUAAGUGUGAACACUGCCGCAUCCUCUUCCUGGACCACGUCAUGUUCACCAUCCACAUGGGCUGCCAUGGCUUCAGAGACCCUUUCGAGUGUAACAUCUGUGGUUACCACAGCCAGGACCGGUAUGAGUUCUCUUCCCACAUUGUCCGGGGGGAACAUAAGGUGGGCUAGCGAGCUCUUUCCCCUCGCCUGCCCGCAGCCCGCCAUCCACUGCCCCACCUACAGGUGUCUAGCCCGAUUCCUCUUACACCCCAAGGAGUUUCGCGUUGUAGCCCCGCCCACUGGCCACCUCACUUCACACCUGACUCUGACCCUCUUCGCCGGUUCCCUUCUACCCUGACUGAUUUAAGCAUUGCGACAAGACCAGUCUUUUGCUUAUAUUUCUCCUUCUGAACCCCUCUCUUCCCCGCAUAUUUGCUUUUUAUUAAUGACUUUCCCUUGGCCUUUGAAGACUUACUGCGGUCUCUGGCCACUCCUUCACUCUCCCUUCUGCUCUAAGCCUUGUUUUCUUGUCGAUCCCACAUCCUUUGACAGCCCCAGGGCCUGGAAGCUCCUCUUUGUACUAAGGGACUCCGAGCUUCUUGCUUUAAUCCGCACCCUUACUUAUCCGACUCUUUGGAUGUUGAUACCUCCCAGCGGCCCCACCUGAGCUCAGUGGCAUUAUUAUCCCCUCUCUGGGACCCUCCGACCUGGUACUUCAUACCUCUUGUGCCCUCUCACUUUAGGCAGCUUGCACUAUUCUUACACGAACGAAGAAUUUCCUCUCCAGGAACUGUGGACUGAGGGUCCUCUUGACCUCACCUGGGAAUGUGAGCUCCCUAAAGCCUCCAUUCAGGAUCUCCCUCUCUCUGGCUCACCCCUCCGCACCACUCUGGUCUCAACCUGCCAGGUCCCUCACUGGUGGCUUUUCCCUUCUUGGAACGCCCCCAUUUUAUACUCUCAGGGGCUAAAGCUAGGUCCGCAACCCUGCCUGACACGGGGAGCCUAGCUGAGAACCAGGGCACAGGAAAGGGGGUGGGUAGAAGUCUCUCCACCCUUCAAACUUGUUCACUCCAGUGACCUUCCUCGGCUCUCAGGGACCCCUGCUGUCCCCGCUGUAUGAGAAACUGGUGGGUUGCUGCCCAAUGACCAGGGGCUCAGCCCCAUUGUCAUGCUGCCUUUUCCUCUCCCUUCCAGCAGGAUCCACCGUCUCAUUCCCAGGCUCCUGGGCCCUCUUAUUAUCAGUGACAGGGAGAAAGGAAUGUUUCUCUUCUCCCUGCUAAUUUUCAGUGUAACCAAAAAUUGUCCCAGGAUGAAUGACAUGUAUGUGCCCGUCGACCAACCCGCCCUUGUUCUAGCAAGAAUGGGAUGGACUCAGCUAACUGGGAGCCACCCUUCACUGCCCCUCUCUGGUGGUUGCAGAGCCCCUGGUUCUGGAUAAUCGAGGAUUCAUGAGACCGUGCAGGAGAAGUCAUAGCCCACUGCAUGGCUCUCUCUAUAAAGCGUUCCCUGCCAAGGCCACAGCCAUCCCACUCUCUGCUUCUUUGAGAUUCAAACCAAAGGCUGUUUUUUCUAUGUUUAAAGAAAAUAAGAAAAAAAAAGUAGAAACCAAACACAGCACCUCAUAAGUUAUAAGUCUUGGUCUUCUCUUCCUCUCUCUCCCUUUCCCUCCAUCUUUCUUUCCACACGCCCUUCCUUGGUUGGCUCUUUUGGCUCUCUCUCCUUUUCUCAUUCCCUAUUAGGGACAUGGAGAGGCAUGAGAGGGUUGGCUAGAUCAGAUCCUGGGACUGGGGCUCUUAGCCUUCUGGAGACGCUACUCUCCCCAUCAUGAGAAGGGUGGGGUGGAAAAGCUUUCUUUCUUCCCUUCUUCUCCUGUGUUACCAUGGCUUCCCAGAAGGGCCAGACUGGCAGGGAGGAGCUUUGUGGGGUGGUUCUUCCUCCUUGACAAAGUAGCAAUAAACAGGUGCUGCCAAAGGUAGAUCCUGGGGUGCAAGCUCCCAAGGGAGUGGUCCCGAGAGAAGGGAAGGGUCUUCGCAACCAAUCUGGGAUGGCAGCAGAGCUGAGGUUAGUAUCUGUGCUUCUCCUGUGCUGUUCUGGCUACUGAGCCUCUUCCCACUAGACCUGCUCCCACCACUUCUGCGUCUGCCGUGUACCUGGGGAUACCUCAGAAGAACUAGUUCCUCUGGGGCAUCAGAGCCUUUGAGCGCCCCAUUUCCUCCCUUCCUCAGUCAGCCUUAGCACCUGUAACCCCCAGAAACCUGAAGGACUAUGCUCCGAGGCUAUACUCUGUGCCCCCAAGAGCAGAGAUGGGAGGACAAGACCAGGUGCUAGGGAGGAGAGGGACACCCCGUCUCUCUCCAGCCCAUCACUGCACUUUAACCAGGGUCUUAGGUACAAAAUCCUACUUUCCAGAGCCUUCCAGCUCUGGAACCUCAAACAUCCUCUUGCUCUCUCCCAGCUCCUUUUGCAUAAAAAAAGUAAAGAAAAAGAAGAAAAAUCAACAGCAACAAAACACCAAAACCCACACAGAGAAAAGAGGUGUUUUCUUUUUUAUUACUAUUCAAAAUACAAAACCACAAAUAAGUAGGGGGGAGGGAGAGAAUUUCUAAAUAGACACUUUCCCAGCCCUUUGUGUACGUGUGUGUCAGUGUCUAAGCUGCAGGUGGAAUUUUGUAAUACUUCUGGCAGCUUCUUUCCUUGUGUAAAUAACACAUAUAUAUAUAUUUUUAAUCAGAAAUUAUGAAGAUCAAAAAUAGAAUAAACACAGAAGCAAGUGCAAUACCACCUCUCCUCCUCUCCCAGGUUCCUUUGCAGCCUGUUUGGUGUCCCUUUUGACCCUCGCCCCUUCACCUCUUCUCUCUUCGUCCGGUUCCUUACCUACCCUCCCCUUCCCUCUUUUUAAAGAGUUUUCUCCUUCCUCAAAGGGAGUUAAACCAGCUUUUGAGACUUCCUGCAAAACAUUUUAUAUAUGUAAUAUACUGUAAGUAAAUAUUUGUGUAAUGGAGAAAUACUACUGUAAGUUUUGUACUGUACUGGCUGAAGGUCUGUUAUAAAUAAA